UUAUAACUUCUUAUGAUGCAGUCGACAGUCCGGUUGAAGUUUGGAUGAAAUUGUUACAAUCACAAUGCCAAGUUCUCAUCAAAUCGAGAAGUGUGAUAAGUGUGGCGAGCAUAAGACAGAGCAAUUAACAUUAAGGCCUAAUCAUAAUACAAUUAUAAAGAAAGGCUUUCGUGCUCUGAAUAAAGCAUUACAAUUUCAUGAAAUCACUUACAAUAAACGAUGUCAUUGUCGUGGCUGCUCUACUCUGACAACCGAAACUAAUUUCCAUAUCUUCAUAGAACUAGAUAUCAGGGAAAAUCUUCAUUCUGGUCAUUCAAAGUCCUGUAAACUGGAAGAAUUACCACUAAUGCUAAAACUGGCAAAACAAUAUAGGCUGGUAGGUGUCAUCGCACGAUACCCAGGUCAUUUCGUUGUCUAUUGCAGAUGACUUUCAGGCUUAUGGGAGCAAUAUAAUAAUUUAAACAUUAAAGUGAAAUCUUGUACACAAAAGGAAAGAAUUUCUCCUAUUGCUGCAUUAUACAUAAUUGAUGACAUAAGAAAUGCUUAAAUACGAUAUGUAGUAAAUGAGUCUUGAACUUUUAACCCUUGUGUGCAUAACCAACUUUACCCACGUUAUUGCAUAUCCGGGUACCUGGGUACCCAUUGCGCAUUUUUAAAUUUUUCGAAUAUUUAUGCAAUCGUAACCGUUUCCCUAAUGUUUAUUUCAAUAAAUUAACAUCAAAAGUAGGUGCUUGAGGUAUUUUCGAAUCAAUGGAGCCGCUGUAGCUCGUACAAAAGAAGAAGACAGCGGGAUCCUCGCGGUUAUUUUUAUCUAGAUGCGCAUCAGUCCUCUUCGUCAUCUAAAAAUCAAACACAAAAAUAUAAUAAAGUUCAGUAAAAGUUAUUGUAAAAGUUAUUUAAGAUACAAUAGUUGACAAUAAUUACAUAAAAAGUUACCUAUAUUAUUAGUUUUAUCACUAUCAGAAGCUGCAUUCUCUGGCAUACCGUAAUCUGGAGGCCAGUCCUCGUCUUCGCUGUCAGACUCUACGUUAGACUCAUCAUCUUCCUUCCCCAGCAUUGCGUCCAAAUAAGCUUGUCUCUCAUCGAAAUUCAAUCUGAGAUAAAAUUCAUGCAUUAUAUACUUUUUCAAUAAAAUAAUAGAAAGAAACCUACAAAGUAAAAUUACAGAUGUACAUUCUAUUUUACCUUGCAAAUUCAACCCUCGAUAAUUCUUCCAUGACUCUUAAGUAAUCAAUUCAGCAGCAAUAGAUACGUGAAUCACUGCACAAAGAAAAACCCACAACGAAGAGAAGCGAUGCUUGAAACAAUGACUACUCUGCGUAGCCAAGCGUCCCCGCUUUCUCGUGUGCAACACGUCUAAACAAGUGAAGAACACAUUUUGCACUUGUUUAGACGUGUUGCGCACGAGACAGCGGGGACGCUUGGCUACGCAGAUUAGCCAUUGAGAUUGAAGCGUCGCUUCUCUUCGUUCUGGGUUUUUCUUUGUGCAGUGAUUCACGUAUCUAUUGCUGCUGAAUUGAUUACAGAGUCAUGGAAGAAUUAUCGAGGGCUGAAUUUGCAAGGUAAAAUAGAAUAUACAUCUGUAAUUUUACUUUGUAGAUUUCUUUCUAUUAUUUUAUUGAAAAAGUAUAUAAUGCAUGAAUUUUAUCUCAGAUUGAAUUUCGAUGAGAGGCAAGCUUAUUUGGACGCGAUGUUGGGGAAGGAGGAUGAUGAGUCUAACGUGGAGUCUGACAGCGAAGACGAGGACUGGCUUCCAGAUUACGGUAUGCCAGAAAAUGCAGCUUCUGAUAGUGAUGAAACUGAUAAUAUAGGUAACUUUUUAUGUAAUUGUUGUCAACUAUUGUAUCAAAUAAAUUUUACAAUAACUUUCACUGAACUUCGUUGUAUUUUUGUGUUUGAGUUUUAGAUGACGAAGAAGAUAAAGACAUUGACGAAGAGGAAGAAGAAGAAAAUGAAGGCAGUGAAAGUGAGGCAGAGGAUGAAGCAGCAGCUGCAGAACGAGCAGGUAGCUUACCUUUUCAGUGUACAUUUAUUUGAAAAAUAAAGUACUGGGGUAUACAUAUAAUAAAUUAGUCCCUUAAUUUUUUCAGGAGAAAUACAAAACUCCUACAUAGCCAAAGACAAAACUGUGUGGAAUAAAACACCUCCUCCUCAAUAUCAAACUGCGUCUUACAAUGUUGUGCGUCAGCGUAGUGGUCCUCAUAGAAGUACUGAGACACUUUCAAUUAGCGACACUUUCAAGAAGAUAUUGACAGUAGAUAUGGUGAAUAUUAUCAGUCGAUAUACGAAUAAAAAGGCUGCGUCAGUCUAUACAGCAUUCAAUGAAGCGCAUCCAGAUUCGCAGCGCGAAUGGAAGCCUAUUACUGUACAAGAAAUGUACUCGUUCAUUGCCAUUUUGAUUUGCUCUGGUGUAAAUAACUCUAAUACUGAUCAUAUAAGUGAUAUGUGGAAUCCAAUUUCAUAUCCACUCUAUCGAGCGACAAUGGGGAACAACAGGUUUCGUAACAUCAUGCGUUAUAUUAGAUUCGACGAUGCCAAUACACGCCAACAAGGCGUAAGAGAGGAUAAAGCAGCUCCUAUCCGUGAUAUCUGGACCAUGUUGAAUGCAAAUUUAUCUCAGAUGUAUAAGCCAACAGAGAAUUUAACGAUAGAUGAACAACUUUAUCCCUUUCGCGGUCGCACAAAGUUUACGCAGUACAUUCCUUCGAAGCCGGCCAAAUAUGGCAUCAAGAUUUGGUGGAUUUGCGACGCUGAAAAUGCCUACCCCUUGCGCGGCAUAAUUUACACUGGCAAAACAGGUAACGUUCGAGAGAAAUACCAAGGAGAAAGGGUGGUAAAAGAACUUGCAAUUGCGUACAAAGUAGGCAGUAGUCGAAAUAUUUGUAUGGAUAAUUAUUUUACAACGUUACCUCUUGCUAAACACCUGUUGUCAUGGAAUCUAACUUUAGUUGGAACUUUGAAGAAGAAUAAGCCCUAUGUUCCAAGUGUGAUGGCUCCGUAUAAAUAGAGAGAAGUAUACUCUACUGUAUUUGGAUUCAACGAGAAAGUUACAAUGUGUUCGUACGUGCCGAAGAAAAAUAAGGCGGUAAUUCUGCUAUCAACAAUGCAUUCCGACAUGGCUAUGAGCGAUGAUGCUAAAAAAAACCGGACAUUAUCUCUUAUUAUAAUAAAUAUAAAGCUGGCGUCGAUACAAUGGAUCAGAUGAUCACAAGAUACACAACACAACGUCGCACUUUGAGAUGGCCGUUAGUUAUUUUUUUCAACAUUUUAGACAUUAGCUCACUCGCUUCCUAUCUAAUUUAUUAUGAAAAUAAUAAGAUGAUGCAAAAAAAAACUAACCAGCGACGUCUAUUUAUGCACCAAUUGAGCAAGGAACUCGCAACUCCAAUGAUUGAGGGAUUGAGGAUCGAUCUCGAAAUUUGCACGUGAUGCGACACUAUAGCACGAAGGUCGCUAUUGAAAGUGUGAUCGGACGGCUGAUGGAUCCUGUGGAGGAUCUUCCAGGUCCUUCAGUUGCACGAGAUGCAUCAGGAAGGAAAAAAGUAACUGGUUCCUGCCACAUUUACUACAAACAAAUAAUUAAGAAGAGAAGGAAGACGCGGAAGACCUGCUGCCAAUGUAAUCUGCCUGUCUGCGAUGAACAUGCAACAACUUUCGCUAAAUGCCAUGAAUGCAAAAAAUAAAUAAUGUUAUUUUUAAAAUU